AUGCAGUUUUUGCUGCUGCUCCAGGUGUGCCUGCUUGGACUUGGCCUGUCCGUUGCAAGUCCUGGGAGGAGGUUUCUGAUUGGGCUACCCCCGCAUAAUGGACCAACAGGAAAUGUUAGCCAUCAAGUAACUAUCACAGCCAGUGGAGUUCGGACCUCUGUCACUGUAAAGGUCCUGGAAAGCAGCUUUGUGCAACGCAUCUACCUCUCUGCUCACCAGUCAAAGAGGAUUCACCUGCCAUUGCCUGUGGGAAUGACCAGUGACCGCUCCUCAUACCUCCUCAGUGUGAAGUCUAUAUGGCCUGUUGCAGUCAUCACUUCCCUGUGUACCCGGGCUGGCUGUGACCACAGGCUCCGUCAUGAUGUGUACUCCUGGGGUACCCAGUACUAUCCCAUUACUCCUAACUUCCCUAACCAGACUUAUGUCAGCCAGAUGGUGAUCACCAGCUCAGGCCGGGCGACGUCAGUGGAUAUCUUUCUCUCGGGGGAAGUGCUUUAUGAAGGCAAUAUGUACCAAAGGGGUAGUGUCCUUAAGUUGUAUAUAGGGCUGCUGCAGAGUGUUUACCUCCAGAGCAACUCCAGCCUCUCUGGCUCAGAGUUAAACUCUCAAGAAGCUGUAGGUGUUGUGGUUGGUUUUACCUGCUCCAAACACACAACUGGCGAUUGCUUUUCUGGAUAUGCUGACCUGAAACCAGUCACACACUGGGGUUUCGAUUACAUUAUUCCUCCCUUGGUAAACACAGGAAUGAGUUCUAGUUUCCUCUUGGCAAUGUCUACUAUCAACUCUGACCUGGGCAUCAAUGCCAGCACCGAUCAAAACACAGUGUCUCUCGUCGGUGGCGUUAUGAAGGUCAUCCCAGUUGCGACCUCAGAUAAAAUCCUCAUUACUAGUGACAGUCCUCUACAACUACUUUUCUUCCGGCAUGACCCUGCACAGCGGCCUUUAACUCUAACAGUACUGCCAUCUGUUGAUGAUAUCUGCCAAACUGUACCUAUGUUUGCUUCAGGUGAUAUGGGUGAGCAGCGAGUUAACAGUGCUGACACAGGAGAUUUGAAGUCUGGUGUUAAAUCCUCCCAGAAGCCCACCUUUCCUCAGCUGCCUGAUAAUGCAGAGGCUCUUUACACAGACAAGGAUGUGGGAUACUAUCUGAGUACCUUAGACCGACAUCUCUAUUCUGCACUUUGUGAGAAAUCUGCAGCUUCUUGUGAAGAGUUGCACUGCGGUUUCAAACAGAAUUGCUCUAUCGAAGAAGGAAAACCACUCUGCUCUCUCAACACUAAAAUAUGCUCUGCAUGGGGUGACUCUUAUUACCGCACGUUUGAUGGAAGAGAUUUUGUCCUACAGGGAAAUUGCAACUACACUUUAGUUCAGACCACCUGUCCAGGCCUAAAUGUUUCUGUUCCACUACAGAUUAAUAUAGUCCGAGCAUAUUUAAUCAGUGCCACUGUCCCAACCAUCCACACAGUGCAGAUAAGCAUCCAGGGCUUUAAUAUCACCAUAGUUAAAGAAGACAAAAAUCAUGUUAGGGUUAAUGGACAGAUGAGGAAGCUGCCGCUCACCUUGGGAAAUGGCUCCCUGAAGUUUUUUCAAAGUGGUUCCAGCGUUGUCUUAGACACUGCCUUCGACUUGGCUCUGCGGUAUGACUGGAAGCAGCAUCUCCAAGUUGAAGUAGGCCCAGAGCUGUAUGGAGCCCUGUGCGUAUGUACUAGAAGCCAAACUAAAUUUCCUGACAUAAACGGUAACUCCCUUCGUGUUGGGUGCUCCCUACUGAAGCGUAGCGGUGGACCGUUUGCAGAUUGCCACUCAUUGAUCGAUCCAGAGGCAUUUCUUCGUAGUUGCACUAACAACUUGUGUCUCAAUGAAUCUGCCUCUUCUAUGUGUGAGAUCCUGACAGACUAUGCCAACAUCUGCCAGAGGAUAUCGGCCAGAGUCCGAAACUGGAGAACCAUCGCCAAGUGCCCUAUCGUAUGUCCUUUGAACAGCCACUUUGAAAUAUGUGGUUCUGCAUGCCCUGCUACCUGUGGAAACCCAGAAGCACAUAAUAAUUGCACCCUGCCUUGUGUGGAAUCAUGCCAAUGCAACAGAGGGUAUCUGCUGAGUGGUGGGAAGUGCGUACCACAUGGCAAGUGUGGAUGUCUUCACCAAGGUUCCUACUACUACCCCAAGGAGAACUUCUGGAUGGGCAAACACUGCCAGGAGAGAUGUGUCUGCCAGUCGAGCUCCAAGAGAGUCGUGUGUUCUCCGUCUCAAUGCCAGGAUGGAGAAGUGUGCAAGGUUGUGAACGGAGUCAUGGGCUGUCACGCUGAGGGGCCUGGGCUGUGCAUAGCCAAAGUAGAUCCUCAUUAUACCACCUUUGACGGCCGUAACUUUGAUGUGUAUGGAAACUGUACUUACCUUCUCACUUCUCUCUGUCCGACCUGGGGGGACAUGGAAGCUUUCAGUGUAGAGAUCCAGAACCAGAUAAAAGACGCUACAAAUAUUGUGUCCUUUCGGCAUAUUAAAAUGGUAGUCUCUGGUUAUUCGAUUGAGAUGUCAAAUGAUCCCAGUAACAGAGUUGAGGUAAAUGGUCUCCUGCUGCGUCUCCCAUCCGUAUUGAGCCGUGGCAAAGUGAAGCUUUACAUGACUGGACAGACAACGUUUAUAGAAACUGACUUUGGUGUAGUUGUAAUGUACAGCUCUGAUAUUCUGACCAUCCAGAUGCCAAGGAAAUUCUCUGGUAAUCUCUGUGGCCUGUGUGGGAACUUUAAUUCUAAUCCAGAAGAUGAUGUGGUGCCUGAUGGCGACUCUGAUAUCUCUCAAGCCGUUAGACACUGGAAAACCAGCAGUGAUCAUGAGUGUGUGGAUGUGCCUUUGAACACCUCGGGUUGCAAUUCACAAGACAUGGCUCUCUAUGAGGGAAAAGGUUUCUGUGCAAGGUUACUGGAUAAAGAGGGAGUGUUCAAGAGCUGCCACAAAAUGGUUGAUCCAGAAAGUUUCUACAACAACUGCGUUCAAGACUUCUGUUAUAGUAACCAGACUUCCCUGUGUCAGAUUCUGUCCAGCUAUGUUGCUGUGUGUCAAGAAAUGGGAGCAAAAGUGAAUGAAUGGAGGACUUCCACAUUUUGUGGCCUCUCCUGUCCACCUAACAGUGAGUACAGCCUUUGUGCCAGUCAAAUAUCCGACUGUGUAGAAAACCCAAGUCCACUAGCGGGGAAAUGCAAAGAGGGCUGUUUCUGCAAACCUGGGUAUUUCCACAGUGGUGGGAAAUGUGUACACGACUCUGAGUGUGGCUGUAUUCACAAUGAUGUCUAUUACGAAAUCCAUGAGAACUUCUACCCUGAUGAUCUCUGUCUGCUGCACUGUGUCUGUGUGGGCCACAAGAUAGUGCAAUGUACCAACCACGCAUGUCCAAAUGAAACAAAAUGUGGCAUCCAAGAUGGCCAGAGGGCAUGUCAUGCAUUGCAGCCCUUUAAAUGUGCAGUCAUGGGUGGCAGACACUUCAGAAGUUAUGAUGGACAAAGCUUUGACUUUAAUAUUGGAAGCUGCCGUUAUAUUCUAUCCCAAGUUUGUGAAGAGGAAGAGUCUGACCUCACAGUGAUUAUCCAGCGAGAAAAGCUGCACCUCAGGGUCCAUGGGGUCAACGUGUCUUUGGAGAUGGCGCAGUUGGGGAAAGUAAAGAUUGAUGGUGUUUUGAGAAGUCUUCCUGUCCUUCUGGAUCACAUGGCAAUACUGCACUCUGGCUUGCUCUCUCGUAUUGUUGUAGACACAGGGGUUGUUGUCACAUAUGGAGCACCUGAUCUGAUACGUAUAGUGAUUCCAGCCUCCAGUAAACAAAUGUGUGGCUUGUGUGGAAACGUCAGUGCUGUCGUCACAAAUGACAAGCGGCUCCCGAAUGACAGCUUUGCAAGUGAUGUUUCCAUCUUUGCAUCUUCCUGGUCACUUUCCCCACCUGGAACAAACUGCUCUAAAGAAUGUGAUCUUUGUUUGGAGUGCAACUCUACCAUGGCAGCUGAAUAUGCAUCUGCUAAUUUCUGUGGCAUGCUGCUUGCUCCUGCAGGAUCAUUUAGUGAAUGUCACUCUGCUGUGGACCCAGAGCCCUUCUUUCAAAACUGUGUGAAUGACUUGUGUUUGUCUAAUGGGAAAGAAGAAUUUGUUUGCAGUAGUUUGAGACAUUAUGUUUUAGCAUGCCAGGAGGCAGGAGCUGAGACCAAACCAUGGAGGGGAGCGAAGUGCUCACUCUCAUGCCCUGAAAACUCACAUUAUAAUAUAUGUGCCAGUGCAUGCCCUGAGUCCUGUGGUAUUUUAUCUGAUAUCCCCUGCCCCUGGGCUUGUUCUGAGGCAUGCCAAUGUGAUUUUGGAUACAUGCAGAGUGGAAAUGGCUGUGUCAAAGCUGACAAAUGUGGUUGCUUUCACCUCGGGCACUACUAUGAGAUUGGGGAGAUUUCAUGGGGUGAGGGAUGCUCUGAGCAGUGCAACUGCUCUUCUGCUGCAGACAUGUACUGUGAGCCGGCCUCAUGCCCCAAGGGAGAGAGCUGCACCCUUCUUAAUACCUGGGGCUGUGCAAAGACAGAUAACAAUACCAACGUCUGUGAAGAUGGAGAGACGUGUGUUGGCGAACCUCUGCAAACCCAGUGUUGGGUACUUGGAGGCGCACACUUCUACACUUUUGAUGGAAAGGUGUUUGAAUUCCUUGGAAACUGUACCUACACCCUGGUCCAUGUAUUGAGUGACACCAGUGAGAAUACAACAUUUUGGGUCGGGGUAGAGAAAGACAGGACCCCAAACGAGGCUUCCUCUCUCAAAGCUAUUCAUGUCAAGGUGGCUGAAGACAAUGUUACUAUCUACAGAGGGGAAAAAGGCCAUGCUUGGAUGAAUGGUGAGAAAAAGCUACUACCUGUGACUCUACAGUUUGGACAUGUGAAGAUUUAUCGGAGUGGCAUGUUUGUUGUUGUGGAUACGAGUCUUGGCAUCCAAGUGAAGUAUGACUGCUCUCAUGUUGCCACUAUCCUACUCUCUAAUACAAUGGAAGUCUAUGGCAUGUGUGGAAAUAAUAAUGGCAUAGAGGAAGAUGACCUCAGAACCCCACAGGGUGAGCCUGUUGAUGCUACCACCUUUGGCUGGAGCUGGAGAGUUCACGAUCAGGAAGCACAGUGCACAGCAGAUUGUGGCGAUGCAUGCCCAAGCUGCUCUGCUGAGCAGCUUCUGGAUAAAAAUGUAGCCACUCGCUGGAUAUCUAUGCAUGAGUAUAUUUGGUCGCCACAAAAUCCAUUCUACCAGUGCCGGGAAGUUGUAAACUACACUAAAAUCUCUGCAGCUGUGAGCAUGUUUGACCUGUGCUCUAGUAAUGACACUCAGAAGACUAUCUGUCCUGUGUUGGAAGCGUAUGUUGCUGCAUGUCAAAAUGCCGGGAUCAAGAUAGGAGAGUGGAGGAAUGUCUCCUUCUGCCCCAUUUCCUGCCCACUGAAUAGCCAUUAUACUUCCUGUGGCUCAUCCUGCCCUGCCACCUGUGAGGAUCCCUUCAGAUCAAGACCCUGCACCCUAGCUUGUGUGGAGACCUGCCAGUGUGAUCCAGGGUUCGUCCUGGUUGCUGACCGCUGCGUGCCCUUGUCCCAGUGUGGCUGCACUCACAAUGGCUCACAUUACCGCAGCAACCAGACCUUCUGGGCUGAUGAGGGAUGCACUGAACUGUGUGUUUGUGACCCCAACACGCACCAGACAAAGUGCCAUUUGGAUUCUUGUGGCCCGAAUGUAUACUGUAGUCUUCAAUAUGGAGUGAGAGGCUGCGUGCCUCACACCCUCCAGACAUGCAUGUCCUCUGCUCAUCACAUAGUCACCUUUGACCAGCAUAACUAUGAUUUUAAUGGCAGUUGUCAGUACCAGUUACUGGGCAUUUGUGCAGAAAAACAAGGCCUCAGUGCCAUUCAGAUUCACGCACAGACAGAUGGACACCUAGAGUCAGCUCUUCAUCUCCUGGUCAAUGUGAGUGGUGUGCUUGUGGAGCUGAACAGCAAAAACACCAAGAGCAUAGAGGUUGAUGGUGUCAAGAGGAACAUGCCAUAUCGAUUCAGCUCUACUGCACUGGCCUUCUCUUUAGGGCUGCACACUUACAUCUGCACAGAAAUGGGCUUUGAACUGAGUCUCAGCAUAGAAGGAAUCGUCAGCAUUAGUCUCUCUAGUAAAUAUGCUAAUGUCACUUGCGGCCUGUGUGGCAACUUCAACUCUGACCCUGCUGAUGACCUCGCAGUAAAUGGCACACAGGAGCCUCUCAUUCCCGAGCACUUCGGGAAAGCUUGGAGAAAUGGGCAGACUCCUUGGUGUGUGGAGGGCUGUCUAGGAGGAAGUUGUCCAAAAUGUUCAUCAGAGCUUCUGGUUCGCUUCUCUGACCCAGAGUCUUGUGGGAAGAUUCUGGAAGUUAAUGGACCAUUCAGACAGUGUCAUGGCAAAGUGGACCCAUCCAGCUACUACAAGCGCUGUGUCAGUGACCUGUGUCUUCACGGAGGUCUCCAGCCUGCACUCUGUCACUCCCUAGCUGAGUAUGCUGCUGUCUGUCUUUCCCACAAUGCUACAGUUUCUGCCUGGAGGAGUCCUGGAUUCUGCUACCCGUCGUGUCCCACAAGAACCAGCUACAACAUAAGUUCUGCCUCUGUUCACCUCUGCCUCGGCUGGCAGAAUAAAACGGUAGAGAUGCCUCUAAACAUGGCGGAGAACUGCCUGUGUGAGGCCGGUUUGGUUCACAGUGGCAACCUUUGUGUCACGCCACAAAACUGUGGCUGCUUUCACCAUGGAGAAUACUUCACCGCAGGACAGGAGUGGUCUACAUGCAAGCAAAGCUGUUUAUGUCACCCCGGGGGAAACAUGACAUGUCGUAAUGUCUCCUGUGGAGAGGAUGAGGAGUGUAAGCUUAUUAGGGGUGUUCAAGGUUGCCACCCAAAACCCCAUGUAGCACAGUGCUCUGUUGAGGGAUACCAAUACACCACGUUUGAUGGACAUGCGUUUGAAUUUCAUGGUUCAUGUAACUACACCCUUGUGCAGACAUGCCUCGAUAAACUGGAUGUAGAGCCUAUUUUGAUAGCUGCAAUGGGCAACUAUAGCGAGGGAAGGCAGAUAUACUUGCAAGUCAAUAAAAUGCAACUAAGGAUGUCAGCGGCUUUUCCUGGAAAAGUUGAGGUAAAUGGAGUUUACGAAAACCUGCCGUUCUCCCAGAGCAACAUCACUGUACAUCAGAGAAAUGGAGGGAUAACCAUCAAGACCCCACAGUCGAUUGAGCUUACAUCAGACCUACAAAACUAUAUUCUGGUCAAGAUGCCUGACAUUUACUACCAGACAACCUGUGGCCUUUGCGGGAAGUACAAUGACGAUCUCUCUGAUGAUCUGCAGCUACCUAAUGGCACAGUGACCUCUGACCAUGACAUCCAUGGGCUGUCCUGGAAGUUGUGUAAUGCAGACGUACCCUGCAGUGAAGAAUGGGAAAGUUCCUCUGACCAGAACUGCGGGUUUAUCCCCAAUCCAAAGGGACCUUUCUCCUCAUGUCACCAGUUAGUGUGCCCACAGAAAUACUACUCCCUAUGUGUUGCAGAAGGUCGACGCCAGGCCUUGUGUGAUGUGCUGCAGGAUAAUGUAGCAUGUAAUGAGGCAGGGGGUAGGGUUGAGCUCUGGCUGAACACGACAAGCUGUGCUUAUCAAUGUCCUCAAUUCAGCCACUACAGCAACUGUACCAAUAUAUGCUCCUCACAGUGUCCUGAGAUCAGCCUGGCAGUGCUGUGCCCCAGAGACUGUGAGGAAGGUUGCCAGUGUGAUACUGGACACCUUUAUGAUGGCCGUGCCUGUGUACCAGCAGAGCAGUGUGGCUGCCUACAGGAUGGGAGUAGGUUUAAGGCCUCUGAGAGCAAACUGCUACAAAACUGUACUUUAAAAUGCACCUGCGGGCCUCCUCUUGUCUGCAAGCAAUACGCAUGUCCUGCACUGCACAGUUGUCAAGUUUCAGAUGGAAUUGAAGGUUGUCACAAAAAUGAGCAAAACCCAGCUUCAUGUGAGGGAAAAUGUGAUGCAACUGAGAAAUGUUACCUGAGCAACGGUGUGCCCGUCUGUGAGAGUCGUCGGGGUCUGUGCUGGGCCUGGGGAGGCCGGCACUACCAAACAUUUGAUGGGCUAAUCUAUGACUUUGAGGGUAACUGUACCUAUCUGCUUGCAGCCAGCAAAGGAGCAGCAUGCGGGCUGAUGCCCUUUAGUGUCUCCAAGAAAGACUCUAGUGGCAUCAUUCUACAUGCUUAUGGGUUCAUCAUCAAGCUUGGCAGUCAAAAGGACAGCAUACAUGUUAAUGGUCAAGUGACUUAUAUUCCUUUUAAUAUUUUAGGGGGUAAGAUUAAAUUGUCCUACUGGGAAGGCAAAGCCCUGCUGACAACUGACUUUGGUUUGCAUUUAGUCUUUGAUGGAAACUCUACUGUUGUUAAACUGGAACCUCACUACAAGGGCGAAGUGUAUGGGCUGUGUGGCAAUUUUAACGGUCAGCCUCAAGAUGAAUAUCCUGAUUCCGUUACCAAUAAGACAAGUGUGGAUUUUGCACAGGCUUACCAGCUCUUUGAUGGGGACCAAAAGUGUUGUACUGGCUGCAAGCAGAAAGUGAACCAUGAGAAGUUGCUUGCAGAUUCUGUUUUUGACGACGUCUGGAGGCCGUGUGAAGUGCUCACAGAUCAGACUGGUCCAUUUGCCCACUGUCACAGCCGAGCCAAUCCAGAUUCCUUCUACAAAAGUUGUGUAGUUGACCACGUGCAAAACGGACGGUCAGACGUUUCUCUUGAGCAGGCAAUAUAUUCAUAUUCCUUAGUCUGUGAAGCAACCAGAAAAUACUACAACGAUGGAGUCAUAGUUGAUGUGCUCUGUCCACCAAACACUCACUACAAGACUUGUGGCUCGGCCUGCCCUCCAUCCUGUGAAUUGAAUGCCACCUUCUGUAAUAAGGCCUGCUUUCAGGGCUGCUUCUGUAACCCUGGUUUCAUUAAAAGUCAAAUUGGCUGUGUGCGCCCACAUCAGUGUGGCUGCACAGACUCCAGAGGCAAAUAUCAAAACCUUAACUCAACGUUUUGGUCACCAGACGACUGUGGUCAGAUCUGCAUAUGUGGACCGGCUACUGGUGAGAUGCACUGUCGCCCAGCCCAGUGCCCCAGAGGAAUGGUCUGCAAGCAACUACAGCACAAGAGGCUGUGUCAACCUGAUGACCCCAAGAACUGUACCCUUAUUACUGGGCUGCAUUUUACAACCUUUGAUGGACGUCAUUUUGACUUUAGAGACAGCUGUUCAUAUUCGUUGGUUAAAACCAAAGCCAACCUAACUGGAGUAACACCAUUCAAUAUCACUAUCUCUGAUGCAAGUUGCCACAAAAGACUUUUUCAUAGCCUUGAUUUAACGCUCUUAAUGUAUGGUCUGGAGUUGGUGGUGGGAAAAGAUGAGCCAGGAAAGGUUAUGGUUGAUGGACAGUAUAAGGCCUUGCCAUACUCUCACCUGACAGGCCAUGUUUAUGCUUACCGCACACCUUCGUCUAUCAUUAUUCACACUGAUGUGGGAUUGCAGCUGAUUGUCUACAAUACUGGCACGCUAAGGGUUAGCCUCCCCAGCAGUUAUGGCUCUUCCGUCUCUGGUCUUUGUGGAAAUGCCAACACUGAUUCUCAUGAUGACCUAAUGAUGCCCAAUGAAGAGCUUGCACAAAAUCGACUGGAGUUUGCGCACAGCUGGAUAUCUCCGGGAUCAGUUACCUGCAAGUCCAGCUGUUCCUCCAGACUGAAGCAUUGUCCUGCUGAGGCACAGAAGCUGUUUGAAGGAAGCGAUUUCUGUGGGGUGUUGUUAAAUGAGCUAGGGCCAUUUGCAGACUGUGCUCUGGUGUUAAGUCCAAAGCUUUACUUCCACAACUGUGUAACAGAUUCCUGCUCAUUUGACGGACACUACUCGGCACUCUGCAAAUCCAUUGCAUCUUAUGCUGAAGCCUGUCAAGUAGCGCAGCUGCCAGUCAGGCAGUGGAGGAGUGACACUUUCUGUGGUAUGUCAUGCUCCAAGAAUAGCCACUAUGAGCUGUGUGGACCUCGGUGUCCUGUUGUGUGCUUCGGGCUCUCCUCCCCAGCAAACUGCAGCGGCGGUUGUGAGGAAGGCUGCCAGUGUGACCCUGGCUUCGUCCUGAGUGAUGGCCAGUGUGUGCCGGUUUCUGACUGUGGCUGUGUGCACGAGGGACAGUAUCGCCCUACUGGCCACUUUAUUUUUGAGAAAAGCUGCCAAAAGUGUGACUGCAAAAGAGGUGUGGUGACAUGUAGCCCCAUGGAAAGCUGUUCAGUAAAAGAUGGCCUUGCCUUGAAGUAUGGGGUGUGCCAAGUGUUUGCUGGCUUUGGCUACAUCACUUUUGAUGGUGUUAAUCUGCCCCACCACGGAGCUUGCACCUAUGUCAUAUCUGCCCUCUCCUCUAAAGCCUUGCAUGAUUAUUCUCUGCUGCUUAGCUUUAAGGACAACAAGGGCAUUUUCACCAUUAGCAAAGUAAUAUUUAAUUUGCCAUCAUUGGAAGUAUCUAUUGACCCUGAAUCUCUUUGGAAAGUAAAAGUAAAUGGAGAAGAACGCAGAGUGCCUUUUGACAUUGGUGAACUUAAAGCCUACCAAGAUGGCAACAGACUGAUUAUCAUCACACCGUCCGGGGUGGGGAUUGACUUGUCAUCUACCCAAUACCUCAGGUUAACUGUACCUCAAGUAAAUGACGCCACAGCUUCAGGCCUCUGUGGGAACUUCAAUGGAGACAAGUAUGAUGACUUGGAACUGAGAAAUGGCAGUCUGUCCGAGAGCUUCGCAGAGCUCCUGCACAGCUGGGCCGCUCCAGGGCAGCUCUGCACAGACACCUGUGGCAGAGAGUGCAAUGAGUGCAGACUGUCCCCACGUGACACCAUGGUCUGCGAUGUCCUGUUUAUCAAUACAACUGAAUUCCACCAGUGCCGGGACGCUGAUGUGGAGCGCGAUAGUUACACACUUAUGUGCAACAGGGCAGUUUGUGCUUUAGCAGGGCACAUGGCCGCAUGUCUAGCACUAGAAGCAUAUUCUGCAGCCUGCCAGGCUAACGGAAUAGCAGUAGGAACUUGGAGAGUGAACACUCCUUGCGCUCUCCAGUGUCCUGACCGCAGCAGCUCAAAGGAGUGUGUUGACUCCAGCUCCAACUCGUGCCCUGCUGUGCUCCAGCCUGGUUCUUCAGCAACGGGCUGUUCAGAAGGCUGUGAAUGCGACAAUGGAAAUGUCUUUGAUGGGGAAGAGUGUGUGCCUUACAGCCAGUGUGGAUGUGUUCAUCAUGGUGUAUAUAUCAAGAUGGAGGAGCAAGUGUACAACGAGGACUGCACCCAGAGAUGCUGGUGCCACCCUUUGGGCGGAGUGAUAUGUGAGGAGGCAGGCUGCAGUCUGGGGCAGCAAUGUGCUCUGAGGAACAGUUUCUGGGGCUGUCAUGACAGACCUGAUGGUUGUGAGCUCACGGGCAGCCUCCAAGUCUCCACCCUCGGUGGGCAGCAGCUGAGCUUGGACCCUCUGUCAUCUUACAGUCUGAUGUCUCUCUGUGACAAAGCCAGUGUGCACUGGUUCAGCCUGAUCUCUUACCAUGGGCCUUGUAAUGGCAGCUCCAGACUUGUCACCGUGUUUCAAAUCCUCCUGCAUGGAACAUCAUUUUCCAUACAGGAAGGCACAGUGAAGGUGAAUGGACGUUUCAUGAGCCUCCCUCACAUCUUGCCAUCAGGGGUGUCCCUGUCAUCUGGAGUGAACCAGGACAAGUCGGAGGUUCUAGUGAUCCUAAGAAGAGACGCUGGGAUGGAGUCAGAGCUUGAGAUAGAGAUUGGUAUUACCAUGGUGACAGCCAAGGUCCCUCUCUGGUACUCAGGCAAAUUGUGUGGUCUCUGUGGAAACCUUAAUGACCUGCACUCACACACUUCAGUCGGGUCAUGGGUUCUACCUGACUUUCCUAGCUGGGACUGCAGGAACUCCAAAAUGGUGGCCACGGAGCAAUGCCCCGGAUUCUCAGCCUUACUCACACACCAGUGGGAGAAGAGCUUCCAUUUGCACUCAUACUGUGCCCGAGUGGAUGGAGCUCUGGCAUUCAGGAUAGUUUCCCUGACUGAUGCCGUGACGCCGCUCAACAGUGGGUUGGGCCCUGCAGAGGCCAAACCCAGAGCUGAAGGUGGCCUUAGAGCCUCGUCAGGAGCCAGAAUCAGGGAGGCGAUAGCAGGCUCAAUGGGUGGCAUGCCACCCAGCCCCACCCUCGCCGGGUCCUGCAUGGCAGCCAAGGUCCGGGCAUCGGAGCCAGCGUGGCCGAGGGCCCUGGUGUUCCUCCAGCAUGCCUGGAGCUCCCUCAGGUACUCCUCUGAAGGAGGAACGGUGCGCCAGGGCCGUACGAAUAAUGGCCGCCAUGGAGUCGUCAUCCACGCCCUGCCGAGACCCCUGAGCAGAGGAGAGGGAAGCCUCCUCGAGCGGGACCUCGUCCUCCGUCUCUUCAUUGAAGAGUUUGUUUCCCUGCUCCUCUCCCUUCUCUCAGGUCCCUCUAAUGCUGGAGAGGCAGGGAGAGAGUUUGCCCUGUCAUUCAUGCUGAAUUAUGCUCCCAACUAUGACAGUCCCCAUUAUCAGCUAUACAUCACUGCCGUUCAGGCCAAUGCUAAAGUGACAGUGAAAGUGCCUCCCUUAAACUUCAAGCAAGAGAAAACUCUAAAUGCUGGAGAAAGGGUGACCAUCAGUCUCCCUACUGGUGUGGAGAUGUACGGCAGCAAGAGGUCUCCCAACACAGUGCGCAUAGAAGCCUCAGCAGAUGUAUCUGUAACCUCAUUUAACUCCAAGCAGUACACAGCAGACACCUCUGUUGUAUAUCCCACCACUGAAUGGGGUACUGAAUAUUUCAUCUUUACACCUGCUUCGUCCUCCUAUGGCUCCUAUAAAGAGUUCUCUGUGACAAAUGGAAAAGAGAGCAAUAAGUUGGAGAUUUUCCCACGCGGCACCAUCAGGUUCGAAGGUCGUGUCUAUGGGAGUGGCAGCCGAAUGGUGAUAGAUCUCCAGCCGUAUGAGAGCGUGCAGCUCCAGAGUGUUUAUGAACUUUCUGGUACCAGAGUUGCCUCCCAGCACCCUGUUGCUGUUGUCACGGGUCACACUUGCACAUGGCGCUUUGCCAAAUGUAACCAUGUUUAUGAGCAGCUCCUGCCAGUUAGCAGAUGGGGAUCAAGCUUCAUUGUGCCUCCCCUGACCUUCCAGAGCAAAUUUGACAGCGUCUUCCUCCAGGCCUCGCAGCCCACCCAAGCCACUGUCCACCACGGAAACAAUAAAAAAGUUUUUACUUUGGUGAGGGGGCAAACAGUAGAGAUCCACUCCUCCAAUCCUGAAACCCUGUCCAUUCAGGCCGAUCAUGGGAUCCAAGUCCUCAUGCUCUUCAACGGUGUCACACGGAGCUGGCUCCAUUACUACGACCCUUUCCUGAUGGCCAUCUUGUCCAACGACCACUUCUGCUCCUCUUACUCACUCGAGGCUCUAGAGGGCUUUGAAAACAAAGCCCUGAUAGUUGCACGGACCAGUGUGAUGUCAGAGCUGCGUAUUAAUGGUAAAAACCUGCCACGUAAUGUCGAGUGGAAGAAGGUUACAGGGACAGAUUUCUCUUGGGCGGAGAUGUCCUACCAGCAAAUCCCCGGCAACAAUAAACACACUGUGUCCAGCUCUGGUUCCGGCUUUGCUCUCUAUAGUAUAGGAGUCAGCCAGAUGAAUGGUUAUGGUGCCCAAGGACAUGUAUACAGCCAGGCCGUGGAAAGGAAGCCUGGCACCUGCUGGGCCACGGGGGAUCCUCACUACCGCACCUUCGACGGGCGACACUUCGACUUCAUGGGUACCUGCACAUAUGUUAUUGCUAAAAACUGUGGAAAGGAUGACCAUCUCCCAGACUUUGAGGUCCUCGCCCAGAGUGAGAACAGAGGAAGCCUCAGGGUGUCAUAUGUCGCCGUGGUGACAGUGAAGGUUUAUGGCGUCAUCAUCACAGUCGUUAGGUCUGAGACGGGUCGUGUGAGGAUUGACAACAGUUUGUGGAGUUUGCCAAUAACCUUAAAAAAAGACAAGCUGAUGAUGAUUCAGAGCGGUCGCUCUGUGGUUAUCGAGACUGAUUUUGGCCUGACUGUCCGUUACGACUGGGAACACAAUCUUGGGGUCAUUCUGUCCAGCAGUUACGCCGGUAAGACUUGUGGUCUCUGUGGCAACUUCAAUGAUAACCCCAAUGAUGACUUCACCACACCCUCCGGUACCCAAGCGGGGGAGACUGUGGCCUUUGGGAGUAGCUGGAAGGUGCCGGUGAAAGGUGCUGUGUGCAGAGAUGACUGUGUGGGUGGGUGUGAGCGCUGUGAAAACAGCCUGAUGAAGAUGUGGGGGGGUGACAUGUUUUGUGGGAUUAUCACACUGAUAAUAAAUGGGCCAUUCAGCAAAUGUCAUGCCGUCAUUGAUCCACAAGCAUACCUGGAGAACUGUAAAUAUGAUGUAUGCAUGGGAGGCGGCCUCCGACACUUCCUCUGCAGGACACUGGAGGCUUACACUGAAGCCUGCCAGAUUGCUGGGAUCCAGGUUCAAGAUUGGAGGAAGAUGGCACGAUGUACUGCUAAAUGUCCAGCAAACAGCCACUACGAGCUCUGCGGCAACGCCUGUCCUGCAACCUGUUCUGACCCAAAUACUUCCUCCAAAUGCAAACGCCCCUGUGUGGAGAUCUGCACCUGUAACACAGGCUUUCUUUUGAGCGGAGGUCAGUGUGUUCCUGCUGCUAGGUGUGGUUGUAGCUAUGAGGGUCGAAAUAUCCCUGCUGGGGAGUCAUUCUGGGCCGACCAGGGCUGUCUGCGGAGGUGUAAAUGCGUUGCUGGAAGCAGACGCGUUGAGUGCCAGGAUAAAGGCUGCAGGGCAGGGCAGCAGUGCCAGGUGGUGGGUGGCAUCAGAGAGUGCCAGGCAGUCUCCCACAGCACCUGCCAGGCUACAGGCGACCCCCAUUACGUGACCUUUGACAACAAGAAGUUUGACUUCCAGGGCACAUGUGUGUACCAACUGGCUGCACUCUGCUCCAAGGACCCAGAGUUGGUGCCCUUUGAAGUGCUGGUGCAGAAUGAUCACCGGGGCAACAGGGUGGUCUCAUACACAAAGUUAGUGGAGAUCAAGGUGCACUCCCUCAGCAUUGUCAUUACAAAGACACACAAGGGCCUGAUUAUGGUGAAUAAGGAGCUGGUCAACCUGCCUGUCACUCUGGAUGAUGGACGUGUAUCUGUGUUUAAGAGCGGCUGGUCUGCUGUGGUCAAAACAAACUUUGGCCUCAAAGUUUCCUUUAACUGGUAUGGUGCUGUGUUUGUAACGCUGCCAAGCAACUACAUGGGAGCCGUUUGCGGCCUCUGUGGCAACUACAACGGCAAACCCCAGGAUGAUCUGACCCCAAAGAAUGGUGAUAAACCUGUCCGACCAGCAGAUUUUGGCGUCAGCUGGCGAGUGGCAGAGAUCCCAGGAUGCGUAGACGGUUGUAAAGGGGUGUGUCCGAGUUGUGACAUUACCCAGAAGGUUCAAUAUGAAAAAGGCGAUUUCUGCGGUUUGUUGAGAGACCCCAAAGGACCGUUCCGUGACUGCCAUGCCAAAGUGGACCCAGCUGGCUACUUUGAAGACUGCGUUUAUGAUGUUUGCUUGUAUGAGGGCAGAAAGGAUGUGCUGUGUCAGGCUAUUACAUCAUACACAUCUGCCUGCCAAGCUGUGGGGGCCAAGAUAUACAGAUGGAGACCCUUUCAUUACUGUGCGGUGAAAUGUCCAGUCCACAGCCACUAUGAAGUUUGUGCACCCGGCUGUCCGGCCUCUUGCCAGAGUCUGAUCCCUCCGCAGGGCUGCGAGGCUCAAUGUGAGGAGGGCUGCUCCUGUGAUGAAGGGUACAUCCUCAGUGGAGAUCGCUGUGUUCCCUUCUCACAGUGCGGUUGCGUCUACAAUGACCGCUACUACCACAUCGGUCAAGUUUUUUAUCCCAAUGGGCAGUGUCAGGAGGAGUGCAAGUGCACACAAGAUGAUGAGGUUGUGUGUAAAAAGUUCACAUGUGGCCCUAAUGAGAAGUGUAAAGUGGAGGAUGGCGUGCAAAAAUGUCAUCCUGUUGGUAAGGGUGUGUGCCACGCCUCUGGUGACCCCCAUUACCGCUCUUUUGAUGGGCGAACAUUCAAUUUCCAGGGCACCUGCACCUAUACACUCUCCAAGAGCUGCGGGCUGGAAGGCACCCACCUGGAGGCCUUCUCUGUGCAGGUGGAGAACGAGCGAUGGAACAAGAUUAUGAACAAAAUGGUGGCUGUCACCAAGCUGGUAGCUGUGGAUGUCUACGGCUUCACUCUCAUCAUGAGGAACAACAUGUUUGGAGUCCUGGUAAAUGGGGUGUUUAACUACCUCCCUGUGAAUCUUAAUGACGGAGCAGUGCUGGUCUAUCAGGAAGGCUUGCGGUAUGUUAUUGCAACAGAUUUCGGACUGAUUGUCACUUACGAUCUGGUCUAUCACGUGACUGUCACAGUGCCUGGGAACUAUCGUGGUAAGGUCUGUGGCCUGUGUGGCAACUUCAACGGUGAGCAAAAAGAUGACUUCCAAAUGCCGAACCGUAAGCCCUCCAACAAUGUGAAUGUGUUUGGAAAGUCAUGGAAGGUCACCAUCCCUAAUGUGGUGUGUGAGAAUGGCUGCAAAGGGAAAAACUGUCCUGUAUGUGACCCGGCUCGCAAGGCAGUGUUUUCAAAGUCCACUUACUGCGGCAUUGUUACAGCCCCCAACGGCCCUUUUGCAGCCUGCCACAGUAAACUGGACCCACAGCCAUACUUUGCUGACUGUGUGUUUGAUGUGUGUGCCUCCAACGGGGAUGGGAAGGUGCUUUGUAACAGCAUAGCAGCCUAUGCCUUCAACUGUCACAUGGCAGGCGUGGACGUCAACAACUGGAGGACGCCUUCCUUCUGUCCCAUGAAAUGCCCAGCCAACAGUCACUAUGAGGUGUGUGCCGACGCCUGCUCUGCAUCCUGCGCAGGCCUCACAGAGAUUGCCCAGUGCUCCAGCAGCUGUACAGAGGGCUGUGAAUGUGAUGCUGGCUUCUUAUUCAAUGGGCAUGCGUGUGUUCAAGAGACAGAGUGUGGCUGCUAUGACAAUGGAAGAUCGUACAAGCCUGGUGAAGUGGUGUAUGAAGAAGACUGUAACACAAAGUGCACCUGCAAUCCAGAGACAGGCAUCGUCUGUGAAAAACAUUCCUGCCCCCAAAGCACCAAAUGCAUGGUCAAGAAAGGAAUCAGGGCAUGCUACAACACAGAUCCCUGCAAAGAUGCCUGUCGAGUCAAAGAGAAGUGUCGUGUUGAGAAGGGUGAAGCUGUGUGCGUCCCAGAGUACACAGGCACAUGCUGGGCUUGGGGGGACCCCCACUACCACACAUUUGAUGGUUUUAACUUUAACUUCCAAGGCACCUGCAAGUACGUCAUCUCCAAGACCUGCGGGAACCUGGAUGGUCUAGUGCCAUUCUCAGUCACUGAGAGGAAUGAUAAUCGUGGAAACACUGCAGUUUCUUUUGUCAGGGAGGUUGAUGUUUCUGUGUAUGGGUACAACAUCACUCUCCGCAAGAACCGAGUUGGUCGGGUCACGGUGGACGGGGAGCAGCUGAACCUUCCUGUACAGCUGGGCGAGGGACAGGGCGAGGUGUCAGUGUCUCAGCGUGGUUACACUGCAGUGGUGGAGACAGACUUUGGCUUGUCCGUCUCCUACGACUGGAACUGGAAGCUGGUCAUCAAGCUUCCCAGCAGCUACUACGCCAGUGUCUGUGGUCUGUGUGGCAACUUCAACGGUAACAACGGUGAUGAGCUCCAGAAUCCAGCCGGCAAAGCUGUCUCUUCAGUGAAAGAUUGGGGCAAGAGCUGGCAAACACCAGACAAGGAUGAGAAGCAUCCCUGCUGGGACACAUGUGAGAAAGACUGUCCUACAUGUGACAGCAACCAGAAAAAGCUCUAUGAGUCUGGGGCUUUCUGUGGGGGCCUUAAAGCCAAGACCAAUAACGUGUUUAAGCCAUGUCAUGGAAAAUUGGACCCCCAGGCCUUCAUGAACAACUGUGUGUAUGAUAUGUGUUUGAAUAAGGGAGACAAAAAGAUGCUGUGCCAGGCUUUGGCCUCAUACAGUCAGCAGUGUCGUGGGGAAGGAAUAAUUAUCAAGGACUGGAGGAAAAAGUUUGGCUGCCCAAUGAGCUGUCAGCGUCACAGCCACUAUGAAAUCUGUACCAGCCCAUGCCAGCCAUCCUGCCCAUUCCCUGAUCAGAAGUCACCCUGCCCUGGUGCUUGUGUGGAGGCCUGUGUCUGUGAUAAGGGUCACGUCCUCAGCGCUGGCGUCUGUGUGCCUGCUAAAAGUUGUGGUUGCUCCUAUCAGGGCCGUUAUUACAAGCCAGGGCAGCACUUUUGGGCUGAUGAGGCAUGUGGUCGCCUAUGUGAGUGUGAUACGACCCUGGGCAUGGUGACUUGCCAUGAGGCUUCCUGCUCUGCCCAGGAGAUGUGCACUGUAGUGGAUGGAGAGCGGACCUGCCGGCCCAUCAGUCACGCCACAUGCACAGCCUCAGGUGACCCGCACUACCGGACUUUUGAUGGCCGCCGGUUUGACUUCCAGGGCACAUGUGUUUAUCAGCUGGUCGGACUGUGCUCGCAGCAGCAGGGGCUCGUGCUGUUCAAGGUGACUGUGCAGAACGACCACCGGGGAAGCAAGGCUGUGUCCUACACAAGGACUGUCACAUUCUCCAUAUAUGGCAUCACCCUCACCAUCAGCAGAGAAUACCCCCACAAAGUCCUGGUGAGUACGGAUUUGGAGGUACGGAUAUUGUCAAGCAUAUGUCUCAAUGGGCAGCUUGCUUCGUUACCAUUAGAUUACAAUAAUGAGCUGGUCGUGUUUCUUAGUGGCGGGACAGCUGUAGUGGAAACAGAUGCUGGUAUCACCGUGACCUUUGACUGGAGGGGCAGAGUGAGCGUUUCUCUGCCCAGCAACUACCAGGGCGCAGUCUGUGGCCUGUGCGGCAACUACAAUGGCAAAGCUCAGGAUGACCUGACCAUGCGGAAUGGCCAGACCAGCAAAAACGGAGCUGAGCUGGGGGAGAGCUGGCAGGUGGCCCUGGUGCCAGGCUGCUCAUCAGUCUGCCAGGGGGCAUGGUGCCAGGCCUGCUCCGACUCCCACAGGAAAAAGUACCAAGCCCAGAAAUACUGUGGCAUAAUCGCUGAUCUGGCAGGGCCUUUCAGAGAUUGUCACAGUAGUGUAGACCCUGCUCCUUACCUGGAGGACUGUGUGUAUGAUGCCUGUCAGUACCAUGGCCACCAAGGCUCAGUUUGUGAUGCUGUGGGAGUCUAUGUCUCUGCCUGUCAGAGCCAAGGAAUCACCAUCCGCUCCUGGAGAACAGAUGCCUUCUGUCCAAUGGUGUGUCCAGCUAACAGCCAUUACACCCUGUAUGCCACGGGCUGCCCUGUCACCUGUGCCAGUUUAACCUCCCUCACCACCUGCCACAGGGCCUGCUCAGAGGCCUGCGAGUGUGACGAAGGCUACCUGCAGAGUGGGGAUACCUGUGUGCCCGUGAGAGACUGUGGCUGCUCCUACGAUGGCCAGUACUACAGGAAAGGAGACGUUUUCUACCCCGAAACAGAGUGUGUGGAGCAAUGCGUCUGUGGAGAGAACGGCGCAGUGUCUUGCCAAAAGGCCAAGUGUCGUGCAGGGGAGACCUGUAAGCUUGUAAACGGAAUGAAAGGCUGCCACCCUGAUGGGCAGGGAAAGUGUGUGGCAUCCGGAGACCCUCAUUACAUUUCCUUUGAUGGAAAGAGGUUUGAUUUCCAGGGUACCUGUGUCUACAUGUUGGCCAAGGUGUGUGACGAUGACAAAGGCCGGCUGACGCCAUUCAGCGUAACACAGGGGAAUGAGAAGUAUGGAAAUGGAAAAGUGGCCGUUACCAAGUCUAUUGCAGUGGCAGUCUACGGUUAUGUCAUAUACAUCCAACAGAAAGUGCCAUGGAAAGUAACUGUGGAUGACGAAAUCCUAAACCUUCCUCUUUACCUGGACAAUGGGCGUCUCAGAGUCACUCAGGAGGGUCGCAACAUAAUAAUCCGCACAGACUUUGGACUGACAGUCCUGUAUGACACUGUCUAUUAUGUUGAGGUGAUUAUGCCUUCUACAUACCAGGGAAAGAUGUGUGGUCUUUGCGGCAACUACAACAAGAAAAAUGGUGAUGACUUCAGACUUCCCGGUGGCAGAAAAACAAACAGCGUUGAUGACUUUGGGAAGUCGUGGGUGGUGGACAUGCCAGGCAAUGUGUGUGGGGGCUGUGGAGGCCAGUGUCCAGUAUGUGAGCAGGCCAAGGCCACAUUGUAUGGAAAAUCGGACUCCUGUGGCUUUAUGAGUGCUCCUAAUGGUCCUUUUAAAGCCUGCCACAGUAAGAUUGACCCAGCGGCAUAUGUGUCUAAUUGCGUUUUUGAUGUUUGUGCUGUGGAUGGCAACAAAGAUGACCUAUGCAACAGUGUCCAGGCCUACGCUUUGGCCUGCCAGAGCGAAGGAGUGAAAAUCCAGCCAUGGAGAAGCAGCUCCUUCUGCCCUGCUUCCUGCCCUGCAAACAGUCACUAUGAGGUGUGUGCCGACACCUGUGGUGGGACCUGUGCCAGCUUUAUUUACCCGUUUACUUGUUCUGAAAGCUGCUUUGAAGGAUGCCAAUGUGACGCCAGCUUUGUUUUCGAUGGCAUGCAAUGUGUUCCCUUGGACAACUGUGGAUGUGUUCACAAUGGCAGAUAUCUAACGGUGGGCCAAGCAGAUGUGGACAAAGCCUGUACGUCCAAGUGUGUGUGCCAGGCCACUGGGGUGGUGAACUGUGAGAAGCUGACCUGUGCCAGUGGAGAGGUUUGUGAUGUAAGAGAUGGCGUAAGGGGCUGCCACGUCAAACAGGGCCACUGCAGCGUCAGCCAAGUUGGCCUCCUCUCCUCCUUUGAUGGCAUGUCUGGAGCGAUAGGAGCUCAAGGGGCAUUUGAAGUGGCGUCUCUGUGCGACGAGACCGACAAGAUGUGGUUCCGCGUGGUUGUGGACGUCAGGGUCUGUAGCAAGGGUGCAUCUCCCACUGUCGCCACCUUGUAUGUGUUCUUUAAGGAAACGGUUGUCACAGUUAACAGCCAACAUGUGACCUGGGUAGAUGGCAGGAAAAUGUCUCUUCCCAGCAAAGUGACAAGUGACAUAUCUGUCCACAUCUCAGAGAAGACUGUGAUCAUUGAGAAGCCAUCUGCUGUACGGCUCACCUACUCACUUUCAAAGGAGGUCACAGUCAUUAUUGACAGUAGCCUGUCUGGUAAAAUGUGUGGCGCCUGUGGCAACUACAACAACAACUCCAAAGAUGAUAUGAGAACUGCAGAUGGGAAAAUCACCUCUGAUGUGUCUGUUGUUGUUGGCUCCUGGAGCGCCGGGGACUUUUCUAGAUGUGGUCUGUAGAGAGGUUGGUUCUGCGGUGGUGGAAAGCAUCUGCUAUACAGGAUGAAGAAUUUGAAGUCAUUUGGCAAAGGUUUCUUGUUUUAAGCUGAUUUUUACUCACCAUACUUCACUACUUCCUUUUGAUUCAUGAAAUGAUAGUGGUUGUUUACUGGUCGUCUGCUCCUCUAUUGUUCACUUUGGUUUAGAGCAUUUUUGCUCAAUCCUGACCAACAUCUCCAUCUAGCGGAAGAGAAAAUGAUAGCAUCUAUUUUCCAUGGAACAACCUGGAGCAACUGUCUUGUUAAACUGUCCUUGCCUUGUUUGAACAUUUUUAUUUUACAAUGUGUUUUCUUACUGGAACAACCAAUAAAUACAUUUUCAUUACA